AAAUUUGAAAAAGUGAAAUUAUUGUGACAUGUCUAGACUGCAAAGUACAUUUUUGUUCUUAAUUUGCUACCAAAGUAAAUGAAUGGCAUUUCCUUUUUAGAAAUAAUCUGUAAUUGUUCAAAAAAUGACUUAAUAAGUUCAGGUUGAUUUGUUAAUCGAGUUAGAUUGCCUCAGAGCUAACAUUUGCUGUAAUCACUGAGCUAAACUCUCCUUUAUGGGGAAAUAUUUUGUCUUCAACUAACCUGAUGUUAAAUAUCUGUCUGUUUUUACAUUAUUUUCUACAUUUUUCAAUAAGCAUCACUGCAGCAUUUCCUUGCCUAUGUGGCAUCAAAGGGCUUGGGAAUUCUUUAUGUUAACGAAAUGCCUUCACCAUCUAAUGUGUCACUUUUCCUUGACCUGUAAGCUUAGUGAUGUAAAAUAUCAUGUUCCACAGCUCCAACGUCAUUGUGUGUCUCUGCAGGUUGGAGGAUAUGGUCGUGAACCUCUGUCAGCCUUACUUUCACACGACAGCUCAAUGCAACAAGCUCUGCGCAGACGGCUAUGACGUCUCAAACCUUGUGUCUGCUGACCCUGCUCUCCGAAAGCGAGGCUUCAAGCUGGAAUAUUUCGUACGUCCACCCCUGCAGGUGACGUUGAAAUUUGGCUUCCCAGUUGACCUCUGUCGGGUGGAUGUGGAGCUGUGGCCCUGGGGGAUGGAUCGAGGACAGGCCUGUAAGAGACUUGAAAUCAGCACUAGCUCAGAUCCCCAGCUCCCACCUGUUUUGAGACGGGAUGAGGAUGAGAAGAGCAGACAGGAACAGGGUCGAUCUCAACACAGUAGCGGACACCGGUGGAAACUUCAGACACAGCACUGGGAUGAAGACAAGACCCAACAAAGACAUUGUGGCUCCAGAAAUCAAUCAAACACUGACUCCAACAGUUAUGAGUCGGAGUUUAAACUAGUGGCCCGUUGUGAACUGCGGGAAGAAAUCAAAGUCUCUUUCAGACGCUCAAACUUUUGCCCCCGGGCGCCGUUCCUCUCCCCUCCUCCUCCCCAGCCGGAGAACUGUCGGGAAGAGCAGCUGUGGAGUCGAGGCCUUCCGUCGCUGAGCUCUGUGACGCAGCUCCGCGUCACGGUGCCUUUUGGAGGUUCUGCGUCUUCUCUGGGGCUGAAGGCUCUGGCGUUGUGGGGUCAACCUGCUCGCAGCUGUCCUGCAGAAGAAGUAGAGAGGAUUAUGGGAAUCCACGAAGCCGCCGAACGACGGGUGAUGCCCCCUGCAGUUUUUGCCACUUCAGUCAGAAAAACGACACAAACACUCCAAACACCUCUGAGAGUUUCUAUUCCUGAAGAAUUCCUCGAUCCAUUAACACAGGAAGUGAUGGUGCUGCCCAUGCUGCUGCCCAGCGGCAUGUCUGUGGACAACUCCACCCUGGAGGAGUACCAGAAGAGGGAGGCCAGCUGGGGUCGAGUGGCCAACGACCCCUUCACCGGAGUCUCGUUCUCUCCCUCCUCCCAACCUCUUCCUAACCCCCUACUCAAAAGCCGCAUCGACCGCUUCCUCCUGCAGAACGGGAUGGUUGGAAGAGAUGGGAUGUUGGGGAGGAAAGACCAAGGACAGAAUCCACAAACCUCUAGACUGCUAACCUCCAACACUCAGGACCACUCCAACGCCGGCAUCAGAAACACAAACGUGACUUCUGAGCAAAGCAGACAUCCUCAUGACUCAAGUCGCGUAUUUAACACCAAACACCUUAGUAAAAAUAGUAAAGCAGAUCUGGACAAACACAAGAAGCGAUGUUUAAGUGAAAUGUACAAAGAAUCAACAGAAGUCGCAGAAACUGAAAGCAAAAAUGCAAAAACAUCAAGAACUCAUUCAGAUUCGGGCCCCAGCGGCAGCUCUCACGAGCAGCUUCUGUCAGCCAGUCUGGAUACGGCCCUCACCUCCGCCCUGCAGGGCCGACCCUCCUUCACGUCAAGCCUGCCCCAACAGCAAGCAGCAACCUCUGGCUCUACGGAGCUGCGCCAGAGCUCGGGCUGUAAAAGCACAUCUGCAGGUGAGAAGACGUGUGCGGGAUGUUCCCGUUCCCUGUCUGUUUACUCCGCUUCAUUCUCGCCUAUCUACCGUCUGGUCUGCGGCCACUUGUUCUGCCGCGCCUGUCUGCAGAGGGAAACGACACAACAAAACUCUUCCGCUGCUGCCUGUCACGUCUUGUGCCCGACCUGCCAAAGUCUCACGCCACGCCGUGACAUCACGCGUGUGCAUCACUGACAGACGGCAACACAACCAAACGAUUUACUCCACAUGUUUGUUUGUAAAAUGAAAUAAAAACCUUAAGAUAAUUUUAA